AUGGUGUCUCAGGUAUUCUGCCGCGUCGGCGAGCGCGUCCGCGCGACGGACUUGGACGGCGCGUGCGACACCGUGGGGAGCCUCAAGGCUCGAAUCUUAGGCGAGACGAUCCGCGCCCUCCCGGGCGCGUCCGACGUGGUCCUCACGCGCCGCGGGCGAUGGCUCGCGGACGAGUCCGCCUCGCUCGCGGACGCGGGCGUGCGCGCGAACGACACGCUCGCGAUCGCGAUCCGCCUCCGCGGCGGCGGCGGCGACGGCGGCGCCACCGGCGCGGAGUCGAGAAGCUGCUACCUCGAGAUGUACGCGGACAACGGCGGGACGGGUUUCUCGCGGAAGAAGGAGUCCCUCGGCGGGUUCAUCAAGUACACGACGCAGAGCACGGUGCGGGACAGGGACGAGCGCGAGGAAGACCUCGCGCGAUGGUUCAACUGCACGCUCACGGAGGAGCCGCUGGAGACGGGCGACGGCGCGGUCGUGAUCGAUCGAUUGGGAUCGCUCUUCAACCGAGAGGGCGUCCUGAAGGCGCUCAGGGAUAAGUGCGUGGACGGCGUCGCGCUCCCGCAGAGGUUAGAGCACAUCACCGGGAUGAAGGCGAUCACGGCGUUGAAGCUUCACAAGAACGAGCGCACGAAGAGCAGCGUGAAGGACGCGAGCGGGAAGGUCAACGCGACGUCGUUUCGACUCGCCGCGGAGGCGGUGUUUUCGUGCCCGAUCACCGGCCUCGACUUCAACGGGAAGACGAAGUUCGUCGCGCUCGUUCCAUCCGGCGUGGUCGUCAGCGACAGGGCGCUGCGAGAGGCGAAGAGCGCGGUGGAGGAUAUUCUCGGCCCGGACGUGAAACUGGACGAGCAGACGCGGGUCACGGUGAACCCGAAAGGCGAGGAGUUGGACGCGAUGCGCGAGUCGCUCGAGGAGGAAGCCGCGAAGAAGGCGGCGAAGAAGAAGAAGAAGGACUCGAAGAAGAACGGCGCCGGCGCGGGGACCGUGACCGGCGCGGAGGAUCAGACCGUGGAGCUCGUCGCCGGGACGGGGAUCAAGUCGAACGGCAAGCGCGAGUGGAACGGCUGCGACGAUCUGAGCAACGAGCAGCUGAAGGCACAGGCGAAGCGGUGGCGCGCGUGCGACAACGUCCCGGAGGGGGCCGACAAGGACGUGUACGCGUCGCUGUUCACGGGCACGACCGCGCACGAGCGGGAGCAGGAGACGUACUUGUCGCGCAACGCGCGCAAGGCGUGGUGA